AUCAUAUAAGCCAGAUAGGCCAAUCACAUACAUGCCCUUAUACCAGUCAUCUGUCAAAAAGAGGGUGUCUUGUCCUGCUCCUGCUCUUGCAUUCAUCCCAGUCAUCAGAAGCAGAGCAUUGGGCACUUCAAUUCCACCACUCAAAUGACAGCCCAGUCUUCAAAGACAGUGCUGUCCCUGGACUCUGAGGCGGUGUUCUCACUCAAAGAUGGCAUCAACUUUAAGAAGAGCCCAGAUGAUGGCAAGUGCUACAUCAUAUACAAAGACAAUGGAGAGCUGAAGGCCUGCAAGAACCAAUGCAAACACCAAGGAGGCCUGUUCAUCAAAGACAUAGAGGACUUAGAUGGAAGGACGGUCCGGUGUACAAAACACUACUGGAAGCUGAACGUCUCAACUAUGCAGUAUGUGAACCCUCCUGACAGCUUCACACAGGAUGAGCUGGACGUCGUGAUGACAGACGAGGGUGGUCUUCAGCUCGUGGAGGUGAUCGUCUGGGACCCCUGGUUGGCAGACCCCCAGGAUCCACAGGAACUGCAGGAGGGAGAGGUGACUGUGAGUACAGCUCGUCACACACACCCACGGCUGGACAGAUGUGAGGCCUUUCCCAGUGGGCAAAACUGGUUGAUUCCUGAAAAAUGUAUUUUCAGCUACCCAACCUUAAAAUCCCUCUCUGCGACGAGACCCGAUGUUCCUAUUUAUGUUGGCGACACAUCAAGGCCAGUGUUCUGGAUGCUGGAGAAAAGGCAGGUGCAGCUGACAAAUAUCAACGUCGUUCCCUUUGGCAUUUGGCAAAACAUUGAUGAGCACCUCAGAUUCAUGAUUCUGAAGGAUGAAGUGCACCCUGAAUUGGACACCUGUAUCAUUGUUGAAUAUAAAGGUCAUAUGAUCCUCAACACGGUGGACUGCACCAGGCCAAACUACGGCCGACUGCCCCACAAUGUAGACCUGAUGAUGAGCGACUUUGCUGGAGGGGCGUCUGGCUUCCCCAUGACCUUCAGUGGAGGAAAAUACACAGAGAGCUGGAAAGCCGAUUUCAUCAAGAAUGAAAGGAAGAAGCUCAUGAACUACAAGGCCCAGCUGGUAAAAUCCUUGCAGCCCAAGAUCUACUGCCCGUUUGCCGGUUACUUUGUCGAAGCACAUCCCUCAGACAGGUACAUUAAGGAAACUAACACGAAAAACAAAGCGGAGGAGCUCAAUGCCCUGAUCAAGAAGAGCGCUCCAGGCAUAACAACAUGGACACCCAAGCCAGGCGCUGUGCUCGAUCUGGCCCUGGCUCUGAUGAGCCCCAGCCGGAAAGCCAUCACCGACCCUCCAUCCGGGACAAACAUCUAUAAGGACAGUUGGGACUUUGAUUUGUACGUGGAUGAACUGAACAGGGCCAUCACCGCUGAGAUAUUUAAACAUAAAAGCUGGAUCCAAUUUUAUUACAUCUGGGCAGGGUUUAAAAACUACAAUCUAGUUGUCCGGGUCAUAGAGACAGAUGAGGACUUCAUUCCGAUAGACAAUGGCUACAACUAUCUGGUGGACUUCAUGGAUCUGUCCUUCCCUACACAGAGGCCCACUAGAGAGCACCCUUAUGAGGAGAUCAAGAACAGGAUCGGAGUCAUGAGGCACGUGGUGAAGAAUGGCCUUCUUUGGGACGACCUGUAUAUCGGCUUCCAGAACCGUCUGAGCAGAGAGCCAGACGUCUAUCACCACCGGUUCUGGAACCACUUCCAGACAGAGUUGCCAGUCACUGGGCCGGACUGGGACUUGUUCCUGCAGCAGGUGCCAUCAUACCAGAGGUCUGCUGAACCCCAGGGAAUCCAAACAGAAAGUGGCUCUGCUUCUAUAUUGUCUUAGAAAAAAGCAGACUGUACUGUCUCAUGAGAACCAAGCUUUAUGCCUGCAUCUAUUAAUGAAUAGUAAUGAAUAAGAAGAGCUGCUCUCCCUGUCACUGUAGGCACCACCAACCUCCCCCUGUAGGCAACCUCCCUGAUAGGCACCACCAACAGGGAAAAAGUGAUGUGGCUGACAAGAUUUAAUUUCUAAAUUGGUUCAAAUAAUAGCUUCAUUUAGGGUUCAUUUUCUAAUUGUUUUUUUCAUGUAAUGGUGAAAUCAAUUAACAUAGCAUCUAUUGUUGCUUGGCAGGUCUGUAUGUAGGGGACUAGUAACAAAAAAGUAGGAAAAUAUAUGCACUCACUACUAUGUCGCUCUGGUAAGAGCAUCUGCUAAAUGACUAACAUGUAGAAUAUGAAUAAACUUUAUCAUUGAU